CUUCCGGCCAGGCUGCGCGCGCGCACUGAGAGGGACCCGGCCUAGUGUGCGGCGGCGGCGGUUGUGGACCGGGUAGAACCGCCAUAGAUUGAGCGAUCGGCAGGAAAGGACAGGCUGGAAAAUGAGUAGCUCCGAGGAGGUUUCGUGGAUAAGUUGGUUCUGCGGGUUGAGAGGCAAUGAGUUCUUCUGUGAGGUAGAUGAAGAUUAUAUCCAGGACAAGUUCAAUUUGACGGGACUCAAUGAGCAGGUUCCGCACUAUCGACAGGCUUUGGACAUGAUCCUAGAUUUAGAGCCAGACGAAGAGUUAGAAGAUAAUCCCAAUCAGAGUGACCUAAUUGAACAGGCAGCAGAGAUGUUAUAUGGUCUGAUCCACGCUCGCUAUAUCCUAACUAACCGUGGCAUAGCCCAGAUGCUGGAGAAAUAUCAGCAAGGAGAUUUUGGCUAUUGUCCCCGUGUAUAUUGCGAGAACCAGCCCAUGCUGCCCAUUGGCCUCUCUGAUAUCCCCGGUGAAGCUAUGGUGAAGCUGUACUGUCCUAAAUGUAUGGAUGUUUACACACCCAAGUCGUCGCGCCAUCACCAUACGGACGGAGCAUAUUUUGGCACUGGAUUCCCUCACAUGCUCUUCAUGGUCCAUCCAGAGUAUCGGCCCAAGAGACCAGCCAAUCAGUUUGUCCCAAGGUUAUAUGGCUUCAAAAUCCACCCCAUGGCAUACCAACUCCAACUGCAGGCAGCCAGCAACUUCAAAAGUCCUGUAAAGACCAUGCGCUGAUUUGCCCCUAGUUAAACGGUUUAAAGGAGAGACUCUCUCACUACCAACACCUUAUCCCAUUGCAUCGAUCGAGAAUUGUCUAUUUCCAUGUAUUAUUUCCUUGCUCUCUAUUUGGUUUUGUCCUGUUAAAGUGUGUUCUUACAACCUGGGUAAAUAAAAUUAUAUAGAAUGGUA